UUAAUGACUAGAAUAUAAUAAACAUUUUUAUAAUUUGAUUUGAAUAGGUAAGGCCAAGUGUAUUUACAUUAUCUAAAGUCUUGUGUCUAAAAAUCGGACAUUCUUCAAGAUUGUUUAAAAAUCUAUUAUUAAAUAAAAUAACAUUUAAAUGAUCAAUUAAAAUAAAGAAAUCAUUGCAAUUCUAUUGCGUGACAAAUUUUCAAAUGUGAUCUCGAAGAAUUCUAUUCUAGUUCUAAUAUCGUAGAUGAAUAACUUUAGGCUCAAAAUUAGAAAAAAUAAUGGUAUGAAAUGAAACGUUUAUAAAAGACGUAACUAAAAAGAAACAUUUAUAUUAUCUCGAGAAUAUAAAAAUAGGAAAAGAUUUAUGUAUUUAAUAGCGUUUUCGAAUAAAGCGGAUUUGAUCGACCUGAGAGCGAUUAAUCAAUUGCGAUCCUCGUUGACCAAUCAGUCAUUCUCUGAAGAAUUAAUAUGUGAUUAACGUCAUUAAUCGAUUUCGAAUCGAUCAAACUUGCUUAUUUAUUCGAAAACAUUGUACUUCCUAUUAGAGUCCUAUAAUAUUGUUAUACUUUCUCUCUGUUUAUAUUAUAAUAAUAUUGUUAUACUUUCUCUCAGAGAAGUCGGGAUCUUUUUUUAUACCUGAACUGUACAGUUGGCAAGGGUGAGUUUAAAGGUAAAUUAUAUGUAUAUAGUUAUAGCACGCAGUAAUAUAAGGUACCAGAGAGAAACCUUGAAGACACUUGCGAUGAUGGUUAACGGAUUUUAAAAUAUAAACAUGUUUAUUUUCAUUAUCAGAAUCGUGAAACUCGUUGAACUAAUCGGAAGAUAAUCACAGUUAAUAAUUUGAAGCAGAAAACACAUAACAUAAUGAUUGACUAUAUAACUGACUAUAUGACUAUAGAUCAAGAUUACAAUGCUUUUAAGGGAAAAGAAACAUUCAUCUGUAACAAAGGUAUAAAAAAUCUAGCAUUGGAGGUGAAGAACUAUAUUCUUCAAAAUUAUCAGACAGAAAACCUUGCUGAAAUUACCAAUUUGACGCGAAUUACAUCUGAUUUUUAUCCGGAUUUGCUCGAUCACAGGGCGGUGGAUUGGAUAUUUGUGCUGAACACUUUGAAUUUCGCACUAUGGAAUCCAAGGAGUACCAAGCAAUGGACAGUUAAUCAACUAACUGGAUAUCAAGCACUGUGUGUUGCUAUUAAAAGGGCGAUUGAUGAAGAAAUACCAAUAUGGAGUCCAAAAUAUUACACAAAAUUAACGCAACACGAGCUCGAAAUGAUUUUCAAAAGUGACGAUGGAGAAACUAACAUUCCACUUAUACAUGAAAGACUUACAAUUUUGCAUGAAAUUGGAAACAUUUUGUUACAUAAAUAUCAAGGUAGCUUUGUAACAUGUGUCAAACGGAGCAAAGGCAAUCCAUUGAAAUUGUUGAACUUAAUUGUAACUAAUUUUGAAUCAUAUCAAGAUAAAUCAACAUAUGAAAAGGAGCCAGUUUAUUUUUAUACCAAGGCUCGAUCAUUAGUGAGCGAUAUAUGGUUUUAUUUUAAGGGACAUAAGUUUGGUUUCAAUUAUGCAACUUGGAUGAAGACAAUGUUUAUCGAUUAUCGCUUCUCUCAAAUUCUUCUUCAUUUUAAAAUUGUUAGUUAUAGUAAACAACAUUUAACCAAAUUAGAAAGAAACGAUGAACUUAAAUAUGGAAGCAAAGAGGAAAUAGAAAUACGUAGUAGCUCAAUGGCUGCAAUAGACUCACUGAGCACCGAAGUAUUUAAGAUGUGUAACGAUUAUUUCGUAAAAAAAAAGCAAACAGAUAUUAAUUAUACCAUCAUACUGGAUAAUUUCUUAUCGGAUUAUCGACAAGUACACGAUCAGUUACUGAUGGAAACACAGCCAUUUCCAAAUAUUAAAUGUGUGUAUUACUAGAAUCCCUUUACAUUGCUUGAAAUUUCUGAGCAAUUUUCGGAUCGAAGAAUCACAAAGGAUAAUAAAUAUUUGUAAUAAUGUAUGUUUGUAAUAACGUUUAUAGUAAUGACGUAUUGUUUUAGAACAAUUUUCUUAUCGACUUUUUUUCUUAUAGCGUAAUAUUUGUUUAUUAUCAUUUAAAAGAACAUGACAUAAUUGGUUUUAAUUUAAUCGAAAAAUGAACUUUCUAAUGUAUAUAUAAAUGUAUAAAUC